AUGAAUAAUAAAAGAUAACACAAGAUUAAACAAUUUGAAGAAAUUGAAAUUAAUGAAACAUCUAAGGAUACUCCAUCGUCGAGAUAACAAGACAGUUAAAGUAAUGAGAUUGAUUAAACCAGCAAUUCAAUUCAGAACUAAGAACCUGAUGAAAAAUAUGAUUUUAAUAUUAUACCUAUGAAAGUAAUAAAUUUAUAUAUAUAAUUUCAGGUCGUAGCCUUGACUAUAUUUUUAUUCUUAUUAGGUGUAGUUUUUAUAAUUUUUGGAUUAGUUUUUUUAAUUAAAAAUCCAAAUAAAUUUCAAUAAUACAUUUCACUUUUGAUAGUAGGCAGCUUAAUGAUAAUCCCAGGAGCUUAUUACAGUAGCUUAUUAAUAAAAUUUGUGAAAGCAGACUCUAGAUCUACUUAAUAGAAGAUAUUAAAUGAGCUUCCAAUAGAUUGA